CCCAACCGAAUGGCAGGAGGGGUCGAGAAGGACAGGCGGGGCGAGCACGCCCCUUCCGCCCCGGGCCCGGAAAGGUGAUGUGGCUGAGGCCGCGCCGAGCUCACUAUGUCUGCCAUUUUCAAUUUUCAGAGUCUGUUGACUGUAAUCUUGCUGCUUAUAUGUACCUGUGCUUAUAUCCGCUCCUUGGCUCCCAGCCUGCUGGACAGAAAUAAAACUGGACUGUUGGGUAUAUUUUGGAAGUGUGCUCGAAUUGGUGAGCGGAAGAGUCCGUACGUCGCGGUGUGCUGUGUCGUGAUGGCCUUCAGCAUCCUGUUCAUACAGUAGCAUAUGUGAAGGCCAGGCUGUAGCUGCCAGCAGAGCUCAGUGUGAACAAGGACUUACACCUGCAGAUGAUCUCCGAGCAUUGAAGGAGAUAAAUUUCCAGAUGCUGUUCUCUAUUUAAUUGGACCAAUGUUCUGUAUAAAAGAUGUAGCCAUUUCAUAUGCAACAAGUUUAAUAGUAUAUCACAGUCAACCUCAGUACUGUUAUUACAAUAUUACAUUCUGCAAAUGUCAUGCUCCUGUGUCCAAAACCAAUUUGGAAUGAGAUUUCUCCAAGGCACAUAGUAGGAAACAAAAUCGGUGAAUGCUCUAGCUGCUUUUAGUGUUAUUUGGAAAUGAUAAAGUGUUAUAGAACGUGGUCUUUCUUGGGUUGGCUGUAUUAUUGAGAAAAGAAUGACUUGGUUUGUGUUGGUGUAAGAAUCGUGUUCCGUUUAUGAUACUUGGUUGUCAUUUGGCCACACCAUUUUGAUCAUUAACCAGAGUACCUCAAGCAUUAGCAAACUGUAGCUCAUUACAGAUGUUUGAGACAAGCAAAUGCAGGUCUUCAAGGAAGGCAAAGGUGACUUGGAAGUAAUGUUCACAUUUAGCACAUUACGAUUAGCCACCUAGCUGACUUAGCCUCCACCUCUGGUCAAAUAUAGAUAAACGGCUUAAGAACAAAAAUCUGACCGAGCAGCUGUUGUGUUCUGAGAAAGGCAACAUUCUCAGAGUGGAAAGAGCAAAUUCGAACAACUGCAAACACCCUACAUGCAGAUUUCUUCUUUUUAGUGUUAUUUCUUUUAAAAUGAAAUAUUUAAUUGCCCCAAAAUGAACUGUAUUUUUGUUUUUAUAUAUAUUUUUUUUAAUACAGCACUUUAAACCUAGUGUGUCUGUCAACUUGAACUGGAAUCUCUUGUGUAAUUUUGUGAUAAAGUUUUCAAAUCUA